GUGGAGGGGGGGAGAGAACUGAUAAGAGCGUAGAAGACUUGUACACAGCCCACACUCACACCAAACUCAAAACAGAGAAACAGAGAAGAUGGCGACCAUGACCGUGAAGAUGCCUAGAGAAGAGCCGGCGGUGUCUUACGCUAGCAGAUAUUCAUUGCCAGCUGAGCCUAAAGACAACGACACAAACUCCAAUCUCUGCUCCGGUCCUGUUAUCCUUCUCUCACAUGGAGAUCCAACGGGGUUCAAGCCUUUCUGGCGAAGCGUGGGCGACAAAUGUAAGGUGACGAUCGAUAGCUGUGAUUUUAUGAGCUACCUGACCGAUACUGGAACAGUGUGUUGGUUUCUGGAGAAGGAACUGGAGGAGGCAAUCAGGCAAUUACAUCGUACGGUUGGGAAUGCAGUAACGGACGAUCGGCAUAUCUUGGUGGGGACAGGUUCGACCCAGCUCUAUCACGCCGCGCUCUACGCUCUCACCUCUCCCGGGGGGCCUGAGCCCGUGAAUGUGGUGUCUGCGGUUCCAUACUAUUCGUCAUACCCAGAAGAGACGAACUUCUUGUGUUCAGCUCUGUACAAAUGGGCUGGUGAUGCAUACACAUUUGAUAAGAAAGAACCUUACAUAGAGCUGGUCACCAUGCCCAACAAUCCAGAUGGUCAAGUUCGAGGCCCCAUGGUGAACCGAAAUGACGGCAAGCUCAUUCAUGAUCUUGCCUAUUAUUGGCCACAAUAUACACCUAUUACUGCUCAGGCCGACUAUGAUAUUAUGCUGUUUACAUUUUCCAAAAGUAUGGGACAUGCAGGAUCUCGAAUUGGGUGGGCUGUGGUGAAGGAUAAGGACGUGGCUAUAAAGAUGACUAAAUACAUUGAGCUUAACUCAAUUGGUGUAUCGAGAGAAUCUCAGCAUCGUGCUGCUAAAAUUCUCGGCGCGGUAUCUGAUAGCAGCCAAUGCAUUGGGGCCAACUUCUUCCAAUAUGGCAAAAGCCUCAUGGCUGAAAGAUGGACAAAAAUCAGAGAGGUUAUCAGUCGUAGCAGACUCUUCAGCCUGCCAAAGUAUAUGGAAGAGUAUUGCCAAUUCAGCGGUGAAGAAACUGAACCACAUCCUGCCUUUGCAUGGUUGAAGUGCAACAAUGACAUUGAGGACUUGGAGAUUUUUCUUAGAAGAUAUAAGAUUAUGGGGAGAGGUGGGAGCCUAUUUGGUUCUGAUCCAAAGCAUGUUAGAGUCAGUAUGCUGGGCGAUGAAGAGACAUUCAACCUCUUCUUAGAGAGGUUAUCGUCUAUUCAGGAUACCAUUACUAAUAGUAAUGGUAAUGGAAUUAAAUUUGAUGAAUUGGAGAGGAAGCAGAUAAGAUGAAUGCACUAUUUUUUUUUUGAAAGCUUUUGAAGCCAGAGGUUAAAUAAAAUUGAGAGUAGCUGCAAUAUAAUAUCUAGAUCCAUCUAGUGGUUUGUAUAAUUGGUUCGAUGAACAGUUUUGUUUCCCUGAUGUAAACCCAUUUGGAUCAGGCCUUACAUCAUCAUAAGACUUCUUUUCCUU